AUGGCUUCCUGUGACGACGACUUCUCCAUCCUCGGUGACGAGUCAAACACUACCCACCACAGCCACCUCCCCCACGCGCCCGCCUCCCACCAGCUCCACCAGCCAUACGCGCCUCCUCACCGCUUCGCUACGCGAACGACCCCGGUCCACGCGCCACCUGCGCAGCCCAUACUCAGCGACAAGGUCAACGCCGGAGAAGACCAGGCCGAGGCCGGAGACGACUACGACGAUGCAUCCGCAGCCGCGUUCUGCUCGAAUCCGUUCGAGAGCGGGACCGAUCAGAAUGACGUCGUUGCUGGCGCCAGCGAGAAGAGGAAGGGCCACUCAGAUGAGCUCAGCGAUGGCGGCGGAGGAGGAUCAGGAUCAGCUCCGUACAGUUACAAGAGAUCGAAACCCUCCUCGGCGGCUGCGAUCGGGGAGUACAGGAAGGACCGAGAGGAGUGGAGCGACUCGGCGAUCUCGUGCCUUCUCGACGCGUACACGGACAAGUUCACUCAGCUGAAUCGGGGAAAUCUGAGGGGCAGAGAUUGGGAGGAGGUGGCGGCGAUUGUGAGCGAGAGGUGCGAUAGGCAGAGGAAGAGCGUCGAUCAGUGCAAGAACAAAGUCGACAACUUGAAGAAGAGGUACAAGCUUGAGAGGCAGAGGAUGAACAACGGCGGCGUUUCGGCGAGUCACUGGCCUUGGUUCAAGAAGAUGGAGAAUAUCGUCGGCAAUUCAUUGCCUGGAAAGGCCGUCUCCGACGAGGAUAAAGGCGUUUCUUCUCCCGGUACCACGCCGCGGCAAUCGAAGAGCAGAAAUGCAAUGGCCAUAAUAAGUCCUGUAAGUCAGAUGAACAAGGUCAAAUCAGCUCCGAGUAUCAAAUGGCGGAGAGUGGUCUUCAAAAUCAGUGGUGCUGCUCUUGCUGGCGCUGCUCCAAACAAUGUUGACUCAAAGUUGGCAAUGCUGAUUGCAAGAGAAGUUGCAUUGGCUUGUCACAAUGGGGUGGAGGUGGCCAUUGUUGUUGGAGGUCGCAACUUUUUUUGUGGAGAUGCAUGGGUGACUGCAACAGGGUUAGAUAGAAGUACUGCAUACCAGAUUGGAAUGAUGGCCACUGUAAUGAAUUCUGUAUUGCUCCAGUCAGCACUGGAGAAGAUGGGAGUCCAGACUCGUGUUCAAACUGCAUUUUCGAUGCAGGAGGUUGCUGAACCAUACAGUAGGCAGCGGGCCAUCCGCCAUCUUGAAAAAGGCAGAGUUGUAAUUUUUGCUGGAAUUGGCGCUGGCACUGGAAAUCCUCUCUUUUCCACCGACACCGCAGCAGCACUUCGAGCUUUGGAGAUUCAUGCAGAGGCAGUACUCAAGGGUACCAAUGUAGAUGGUGUCUAUGACUGCAACUCUCAAGACAAUAAUUUUACAUUCGAGCACAUUUCUUUUAGGGAUGUGGUCACCAGAGGGGCCACCUCAAUGGACUCGAUGGCACUGACCUUCUGCGAAGAAAACAGGAUUCCCGUUGUGGUCUUUAAUCUUUUAGAGCCUGGAAAUAUUUCGAAAGCACUAUGCGGAGAACAAGUUGGUACCCUGAUAGAUCAAGCUGGAAGGAUUAGCUAA